AUGAAACAAGGAGCUACUUCAGAUUUUGAAACAUUUCAUGAUGGACUCAAAAGAACACUUUCUAAUUACUACAUUUCGUUACUAAUCAACACAUUCAUCAUGAUAUUGGUGACAGUUGGUUUGGUCGCUUUGUUUGCCAUUAAAGAAAAUAUUUCUGGAUUUUUCACGGGGACCUACUAUCUAAAUUGUAUUGUUAUAUCGGUUGUUGGUAUCGUAUUACUUCUACUUAUAUUCCUAGAGAGAAUUCGUUCGAAUUUUUACGGUCUUCGUAUUCUACUUUGGAUUAUAGUCAUAUUAUGCUAUCGCUUUGAGGAUUUGCUUCCACUUAAUCCCAGAACAAAAACGCGUAUUCUGCAUACUCACAGUAGUUUUGAUUGGACUACUCAUACUCGCCGUGAUAUUUAUUUGUGUCAAUCUGCGAAGAUGGAUAAC